UAGUAAUAAAAUUUUGGAGAAAAUAUGGAACAAAGCCCUUACCGCUCAAGCCCCAAAUUUGAGAAAGAGAUGCUCGUAACCCCCAAGAAAGAACAGAAGUAUAAUAACGGUUAUUUAGCAGCUGAAAUUUUGAAUCAGUACUACCCUGAUCAGAUUAGCUUGAGAGACUUUGAAAAUACCCAAAAGUAUCAUAAUAAGCUUAAAUAACUGGGCACAAAUCAACAAGAUACUUAAUCAGCUCAAGCUGCCUAUCGAAAUGCCAGACUUAGACCUUCUUGCUAAGAAUAUUGAUAAUAAAAUCGCUCAGUCCUUCGUACACGAUCUUUCGGCAUCUUUGAAAGCUCUAAAUCUAAAGAAAGAGACUGACAAAUCAUAUUACUCACCAAAAUUCUCACUGAAGAAAUAAGAGUAUCAAAUUUCUAGAAGAAGAAAAGGGAGGAUCUCUUUCAAAACUUCAUAAGCCGCAUAUAGUUUCGUCUCCGGAGAUCCUACAGCAUCAUAAAUUUCAGCGGCCAAUUCCUUCCGAUCUGACAGGAUCGCCAUAUCAUCAAGCUAAGAUUACAUCAUUGAUAAAGCAAAUCCCGAUUGGAGCCAUGGAACUAAGAAAAAGGAUUUAUAACCCAUAGACAGGUUCCCAAAGCUUGUGAAGGCCAUGAACAGACAAGCUAAAUAACUUCUUGUCUCCUCUACCACCAUGCUUGUGAACCUUCCAAGGCUAUUUCAAGUCAAAAUAGCUUCAUUUACCAAUAUGCUCAUUUUUCAUAAAUUAGGGUUA